AUGCCCAAGGAAUUCAGGAAGCGCGGUCGUCGCGCCGACGAAAAGAAGCGCAAGCGCGACCACGAAGAGGGAGAAGGUGCCACCAAGCGCCGCAGAAAGAGCGUCGACGACGAUGAAACCGCGCCCCAGGAAGACGAGGAGCCGUUCCAGGAUGAAGCUAUCGAUGGUGUCACGCGCCCGGGCGCCAUGCCCUUCUACGGCAUGCUCGACGACGACGAGCAGGAGUAUUUCAAGCGUGCAGACGAGAUGCUAGAACUCAACCAGUUCGACGGGCCCGACGAGCGCAACCUGUUCAUCGAGAGCGUGUACAAAGAGGCGGAUGGCAAGGAACUGAAACUUGCCAACAGCCAGUCCUGCUCGCGCUUGAUGGAGCGCCUGAUCUUGAUGUCUACUCCAAAACAGCUCAAGGAUCUGUUUCAGAAGUUCAACGGCCAUUUCGUUCACCUCGUCCAGCACCGCUUCGCGUCGCACUGCUGCGAAGCCCUCUUCAUACAAGCCGCACCUGUCGUCACUCAGGAAGUCAUGAAACCCCAUCUCAUUACCCCACCUUCCUCCGACCCGAACGACGUCGUCGUUUCUAUGGAGAAUCUAUUUCUGUUCACCCUGGACGAGCUGGAAGGAUAUCUGGGCUACCUCAUCACCGAACGCUUUGCAUCCCAUGUCCUGCGUGUACUGCUCGUCGUGCUUUCCGGUACCCCGCUGGAAAAACAAGGCAACAAGUCGACCUUACAUAGCAAAAAGAAGGAGAAGGUCGGGGUUUUUGUUGCAGAGAAGGAAGAAUUGAUUUUGGGCGAGAGAAAGGUGCCGCAGUCAUUCAUGGACGCUCUACAAAAGGUCAUCAACGACAGUGUUGCGAACCUGGACACCAACUAUCUUCAAAUGCUUGCGACGCACCCCACUGGCAAUCCGACCCUGCAACUUAUGCUGAAGCUCGAACUCACUCUGUUUGGCAAAGUCAAAGCGAAGGACGAGAACUCCAUCAUUCGCAAAUUGCUCCCGGACGAUCCCAUCAAGGAAGACACUCCCAGCGCAUCCUUUAUCAACGGUCUCGUGUACGACGCUGUGGGUUCCAGGUUGCUGGAAACGAUCAUUGAAAAUGCGCCCGGAAAGCUUUUCAAAUCCAUCUAUAGACAGUUUUUCCAGCAGCGCAUGGGCAGUCUCGCACGAAACGAAAUUGCCGGAUACGUCGCUGGUCGUAUCCUUGAACGGCUCAGCAAGGAUGACCUCGAGGAAGCUUCGCGCCAGACUAUCGAGCAGAUCCCGAACUUGGUCGAGCGCAACCGAACUGCCAUCAUCAAGACACUGAUCGAACGCUGCGUCGCGCGAGGAGUAGAUACGGUUCCCAUCGCAGCACAGCUUAAAGCUGCAUACAGCGGCUCUAGUGGGUUCGAGAUUACGCGUCUUCUUAAGCUUGGCGAAGCUUCUUCUGACGAUGGCAAGUCGACUUCAAAACAUGAGCACCCUCAGCCAGAUAAAGUUCAUGGAUCUCUACUCGCCCAGACGAUGAUGACGGUAGAUGGACCUCUUGGAAACCUAAUAUUCGACUCUUUCACCAAGUUGGGCGACUACAUGACCCUGCGAGUAGCUCGCGAUCCGGCAGCAUCGCGAACAUUGCAGGCCGCGUUGGUAUCUCCGAACGCGUCUGUGAUCUUUAGAAGAAAGGUUAUACAGCAAUUCUAUGGGCAUGUUGGUGAACUGGCUUUGGACCCUGCUGGAUCGCACGUGAUUGACUCCAUUUGGGAGGGCACGGCCGGCCUCGCCUUCAUCCGCGAGCGCAUCGCGGAGGAACUUGCAGAAAAUGAGGCGGCGCUUCGCGAGUCCCACGUCGGUCGCGCGGUAUGGCGGAACUGGCGUAUGGAUUUGUACAGGCGCCGUCGGGCAGAUUGGGUGAAGCAAGCCCGAUACACCGCAGGAAACGAUGGUUUCCAGUCCUUCCCCGAGAGCAAUGGCGAGAUUACCCCGCCGUCUCAAGGCCGUAAAACUGGCGGCCACCUCUCAGCAAUUGAACUCGCACGCAAGAAAUGGGCCGAGUCGCAGGCGGCCAAGGCAAAAUUGGAAUCUGAAAAAGCAAAGAGAGACGCUAAAGAGGCAAAGAAAGAAAGCAGAAAGGAUAAGAAACACGAGAGGCACGACAGCAGCAGCAGCAAAGGAAAAGAAAAAGCAAAAGCUAGCGUUGCGGCGCACUGA